AUGGUCAAGUCCAAGCAACUCAAGAUUCUCCGUAAAAAGAUGGAAAAGGUGAACAAAGCUGGUCUGGACUUGCCUCCCAAUGCGUGGCCCAAGAACAACAACAAAAGCAAUGCUGCUGUCACCAAUGACGACGACGACAACGAAAAGGAAAAUACUGGACACUUGGAGGAUCUGACGUUACACUCGUGGAAUGCGGACCAUCUCAAGAAGGACAACGACAAGCGACGACUCGAGGAAUUUUUGUCGCUCUUUGAAACCAACAUGGGAGAGUAUUAUCGCAACAGCGAAUGGGGUCUCAAUUUGGAAACCAAGACGACGGAAUUUUUGCACGCUCGCGCCCGCUUUCUCGUGUUACUUUCGAAAGAGGACGACGAUAAAUUGGCGGGAUUUUGUCAUUACCGAUUGGAAUACGAUGACGAAGACGAACCCACGGCCGUGGUGGCAUAUGUCUACGAGCUACAAAUUGUCGAACAGUUUCGACGCAAGGGAUUGGGCAAGAAAUUAACCGCCAUUGUGGAGACCUUGGCACACUCGAUGGAAUUGCCCAAAGUCAUGCUCACGGUAUUUCGAGCCAAUCAGGCUGCCAUGAAUUUUUAUCAAGGUCUACAAUAUGGUGUUGAUGAGGACAGUCCCAGUCAGCAUGGACAAUUUGCUGAUUAUGAGAUAUUGAGCAAACAAGUCUAG